AUCGAGUCCCCCCCCCCUCCUUUCCAUUUCAUCUACUACGCCAUGAAAACUCUCUGAGGAAAUCCGGACGAACGGAGACUAAAUUCCUCGCGGUUUCAGUCUGAUCUACCUCGUGAAGAUGGUUUCUGUGGAAGACUCGCUUUCGCUUUCGCUGUCGAAUUCCACUCGGUUCCCUUUAACCAGGGAGUUCUAUGGUUCGUCGUCGCCGUCGGCGUCUAGGAUUCACCGUCAUGUCGGCCGUUCGAUGAGGACAAUUCGGUCAAACUUCUACCAGAGCGAUCACCACAGCUGUUGCUCCGCCGACAAAUCAGGUUAUGCGUCCGAGAUCUUGACGGAUUCUGUCAUCGACAUGCGGCUCGGCGAGCUUGCUUCUAAGAAAAGUAAGUCUGUCAAUUCCAACGCGUCCUCGGGCGAGGAGGAAUUGUUUCUCGACAUCUCUCAGGCGUUCAGUGAUUUCUCCGCAUGUAGCAGCGACAUCUCUGGCGAGCUGCAGCGUCUCGCUAGCUUGCAAUCCCCGGAUAUCGCCUCCUUGAAGGACAACGGCGGAGAGAAUGGAGCAAAGGAGCCUGAGCCUGAGCCGGAACCUUGUCUAGGUUUUCUGCAGAGGGAUAAUUUCUCAACGGAGAUAAUUGAGAGUAUCUCCCCGGAGGAUCUCCUGCCAACGGUGAAACUCUGCAUCGACGGGCUCCAGUCUUCUUCGGCUGCGGUGAAGCGAUCUGCGGCGGCGAAGCUGCGGCUCCUGGCGAAGAAUCGGGCGGAUAAUCGCGUCCUGAUCGGGGAAUCUGGAUCGAUUCCAGUGUUGAUUCCAUUGCUUCGUAGCAACGAUCCGUGGACACAGGAGCACGCGGUCACAGCUCUAUUGAAUCUCUCUCUGCACGAACAGAACAAAGCUCUUAUCACUAAAGCAGGGGCUAUCAAAUCUCUAGUUUGGGUCCUGAAAACGGGUACGGAGACAUCAAAGCAGAACGCAGCGUGCGCCUUGCUGAGCCUGGCGCUCGUGGAGGAGAACAAGGGCUCGAUUGGAGCAUGUGGCGCAAUUCCCCCGCUGGUAGCGCUUCUGAUGAACGGAUCCUGCAGGGGGAAGAAGGACGCGCUGACGACGCUGUACAAGCUCUGCACACUGAAGCAGAACAAGGAGAGAGCGGUGACCGCCGGAGCGGUGAAGCCUCUGGUGGAACUUGUGGCGGAGCAAGGAACGGGAAUGGCGGAGAAGGCGAUGGUGGUGCUGAGCAGCCUGGCGGCGAUCGAGGAAGGGACGGAGGCCAUUGUGGAGGAAGGAAAAGAGUUUGCGGUGUUGACGCUGUUGCAGCUGUGCGCUGAUAGCGUGAGAAAUCGGGGGUUGCUUGUAAGAGAAGGUGGGAUUCCUCCGCUUGUGGCUCUGUCGCAGAGCAGUUGCGUCAGCGUUAGGGCUAAGCGCAAGGCAGAAAGACUUCUAGGGUACCUGAGAGAGCCGAGGCAGGAGGGGUGUUCCACAAAGCCCUUGAGUCAGUAAUCAUAGUAUGUAUGUAUGUAUAUACCCGAGUCUUGAAUGGUUUUGUACAGCACCGAGGAGGAAUUGUUAGGGUGGGGGGGUUGAUAGUGACUCUCUGAUUAUAUGUGUAUCUGAUGUUUUAGAUUAGUUUUGUGGAGUCCAUCUUAUAUUCGGUAUUUGGGUUUUGAUCUGUGAUGGGGGGAGGAAGCUAAAUGGCUUGUAGCUUUGGAUAUAUAAAUGUGCUUGUGGGAGGGUUUUGCUUUUCGCUUUAUAAAUAAAUAUAGAUUGAUAUGGAACCUUUCUAACCAUGGAGACGAUAGGCCGGGGGUUUAUUCUUGCAGUUAUUCCAAUCAUUUCAAUGGUGAAUAAAAACCCUAAAACGAAGUGAGACGCCUU